UGUUCGACACGGCCACAGAAUGACAAUUCGCACCAAGCUAAAGUCUAUCCCAGUGGGUGCAUUGUUUGAAGAGUACUGUUCCGAAAGUUCGGUUCACGGUGUGCGGUUUUUUGUCGGCAGCCAAAGAAGUGCUUGUGUCAAACUAACUUGGCUGACUGUAUUCAUCCUCUCGCUGGGCGGGUGUGGUGUGAUGAUACAGCAGGCGUACAAUAAAUGGGACCGUACGCCCGUCAUCGUUACCCUGUCGGAGGUCCCAACGCCCGUGUGGGACAUGACCUUCCCAGCCGUUACAAUCUGUCCCGAGAUAAAGGUGCUGAACACACGGUUCAACUUUACGCACGCGUUUGAAACCCUUCAAAGCGAGUGGUACCAGAUGAGACGGCCCAAGAACUUCACGUUCUCAGUCAGCGACGAAAGUAUUGGAAAGCUGAAAGCCAUCAUCCAUCACUGCCCGGGUGUGUACAAGCACGAGAAUAACUUCAUAUUUAACUUCAACCACGUGCCCGAACCCGAGCGGCUCGUGGACUUCCUGAAGAACGUUUCGCUCGACCGCUGGGGCGUAUUUACCAUGUGCAGUUCGACCAGCGAUGCCCGUUGCACCAACUACAUGCAGGUGACACUUACGAACGAAGGCAUUUGCUACUCCUUCAACAUGAUCCCCCAGGAGCAAAUGUUUCAACCGGACGUGCUGCACCACGAGUACCGAUAUUUGGACCGCUGGGAUGACGGUGGAGACGGAGAGCCGCUGAGCGAACCACUUCUGAAGGUGGCCGGGUCCGGUUUGGAUGCUGCCAUCGGAUUCAACCUAAUCCAUUAUCCGCUCAAAAUUGAUACCUCUUGUGUGCGUGGCCGUGGUUACAAAGUGCUCAUCCACGAACCGACCGUCUAUCCCGACCUGUCCAAGCGCAACAUACGGUUGUCCGUGUCGCAAACGCUUACCGUCGCGCUGAAGCCGAACAUUAUGAUGACCUCACCGGAGCUAGCCAAGUACAGUGCCCAGAAGCGCCAGUGCUACUUCACGCACGAACAUCCGCUACGCUUCUUUCGCCAGUACAACCAGGACAACUGUGAGCUGGAGUGUCUGACGAACUACACGCUGCAGCGGUGCGGUUGCGUACACUUCUCCAUGCCACGAGCGAACGAGACGCGUGUGUGCAAGCUGCAGGAAGCACACUGUCCUUCGACCGCUCGUGGAGUGCUGUUUAUACGCAAACAGCAUCGCAACAGCACGGAAGAUUACCUGCAGCAGUGCGACUGUUUGCCGGCCUGUUCCUCAGUACGGUUCGAUCUGCAGAUUACGCAAGAUUCGCACACGGAAGAGCGGGAGGUGCGAACGUCGAUCGAGACGGAGCAGGAACUGCAGGCCCGGCUUCAGCUUCCAGUAUACUCAGUCCUGCAGGUGUACUAUCAGGACACACACUUCAUACCGGCCCAACGAUCCGAGCUACACGGACUGGUAGACUUCCUGGCAAACUGUGGCGGUCUGUUGGGAUUGUUUAUUGGCGUUAGCUUGCUGAGCAUCGUCGAAGCAAUUUACUACCUUGCAGUUUGUCCAAUGUUCUUAAGAAAGCGAAAACCAAACACAGGAGAAACUCAUGAAAUUUGUUAAGAGAAUUAUUUGUUACGCAUUUAAUUUGUUUUACCUUCCACGACAUGAUUAGGAUGUUUUAGCAAAUGGAGCAAAAAAAACU